CUGUCACAUCAACCCAUCAAUCUUGCUUAUCCUCUUGCUUCUCUCUCAAAAAGCACACACAUCAUGGCUGGGGACGACACCCAAAAUAACAACCAAGACACCUAUCCCACCCACCAUAACCACAACCAACACCACCACCACCACCAUCACUACCACGGCUGGCCCGAAGACGACAAUCCCUUCGUCGCGAUCCGGCGCUUCGCCGACGAACAGAUCUCCUCCGUGCUGCAGUCCGUAACCGGUCUCCCCUCCUCCAUCAACCCCCCGUCGGAACGCUGGGCCAUCUUCGACGACCGCCCGCGCGACAACCCUCACAACCCCAGCAGCCAGGAAGACAGCGACUGGGACCAUGCCCCGACCGUCGCGGCGCACCACCACCACUUCUACCCGCGUAACUACCGCAGCGACGCCGACUUCUUCUUCAACUCCUUCUUCGACCGAUUCUGGCUGGACGCGGACACGGACAAUGACGACGACGAAUUGGGGACAUCGCGGCGCCUCCUCUUCCAGCCCUUUGCCCACCGGCCCAUGCUGCACAACCUCAUCAGCGACGCCUCGCCCGCCUGGCCCGUGCCCUACCUGAUGUUCAGCCCGUACUCGCCGCUGCAUCUCGAGCGGCGGCGCGACCGCGGGGAGAACAGCCGGGGGGUGUUUUCGUCGCUGAUGUCGUCGCUCAGUCUCUCCGAGGGCGAUGCUGAUGCAGCUGCGGAGCCGGAGCCGGAGUCGGAGCCGCGGUGGCGCGAGGCAUUCGAGGAUCUUCUGCGGCUGGAGAACGGGAAGCCCAUGCUCGAGCGGGAGGACAUGACUAGUACCAAGACAGCGACCCGGGAAUCCGGAACGGAGUGGCUGCAGGGUCUCGUGAAGCGGGGCAGUCUCGGCGACCGGUGGAAGUACGUUUCCGGUGGUUCUGGCGGUGGUCAGCCGUCGUGGUCGACGAUCACCUUCGACAACUCGCAACUCCUGCAAGACGAGAAGAUCCCGACGAAGAAGGCGGAGGUCAUCGACACGGAGGACCUUGCCCAGCCGGCUGGCGGGGCCGACGCGCUCACGGAGCAGGAUCUGUACGACCGGUUCCUGGACGAUCUCCAGGCCCGCGAGCAGGCGUUCGCCCGCGAGAUCCACGAGAGUCCCCUGCUGCGCUUGUUGCUGGACGACCGCCGCCGCUUCAGGGAGUUGGCGCCGCGCGAGGGGCUUUUUGGUCGGCAGCAGGACGACCAGCCUCUUACCGGUAAUGAGAGUGAAACCGCGCACAAACCCUACGUGAUCACCACGCAGACCCGCACCGAGCGCGUCCGCCUCCCCGACGGCGCUAUCCAGACCAAGACGAUUCGCAAAAAGCGGUUCUCCGAUGGUCGCGAGGAGACGAAUGAGUCGGUUGACGUCGUGAAUCCGCGGCAGGGCGAGCAGACACCGCAGCUGAAUGGGGAUGGUGGCGCCGACCAGAGCAAGGACGGUUGGUUCUGGAAGGGCUAGUUUGGCGGUUCUGCUUCCACUUUCUUUCGCCUGCCUGGCCAGGAUUUCUUUCCACAUUAUUCCCAUCUGUCUUCUUGUUUGCUUGGUGGUGUCGCUUAGCGUUUCUCGUCUUGUAUUACCAUAACUCUACACUGCAUUGAAAAUGUUUCUUUUGUCUAAGUCGGGUGUGUGGAGGCACAUGCAGCAUGCGUGUCUAAAAUAGUCAUCAGUUAUAAGUUAAUUGAUUUGACGUGUGGCCGUUCAUUAAGGUUGGAAGUUAAAGCAUGGCAAUCAUUGCUGUAUGGAAUUUCAUCGAGGUAUGAGGUCCAUCCGGGGUAAAGUAAAGUAUAAUAUAGCAUAGCAUAGCAUUCUCCAGUAUCCCGUCAGUGU